CGCGAUGUCACUUGACUACGUCAAUGCAUGAUCUCCGCGGAAGAGAUUUCUCCCUCUGGUCUUCUCCCGGCUUGCUCCGCUUCAUCGCUCCGUUUACUCGUCGGAGUCUCUAAUCUAACCACGAUAACGAUGUCUUUCGAAGUGAUUUUACGUAGAAAACAGCAGUAGUGUGUCGUUGACCAUCGCUACGGCCGCUCUGUCUCGGUGACAAAGUACGAGAUCAAUCGCGUCCUCCCGUCUCGUGAUUUAUUUCUUUUGUCUUUAUCGCCCUCUCUAUUUCGAUUCAAUCAGAAGAAUCGCCAAUUCAAUCACACUACUCGACGUUGCAAUCAACAUUUUUCUCCCGAUUGCUGGUGAUUCGUGAUAUCUAUCUUCCGCGUGUAUUGCUCCGCGACAAAUACGCAUUCCUCCCCGUGUGUGAUCUAUUAAGAGCCGACGUCUCUCGGGAUAAUCGAGAGUCGCAAGAAGUAUUCGAUGAGCGUCAUCGAGUAAGCGUGAUAUCGGACGCAAGCGACGAGGAUCUUCCGGCAACUGGCAAACGGCCAAUUAUCCUGCUCCUUGCAGAAGAUACUGGAGACCGCACCAUGUACUCGAUCCUGCUAUUAGCAAGAUCCGCCCGACACGGGCAUUUAUCACGGAGAUUGUCCUCGUCAUUUGUGAGACUGCCGCAGCUAACAAUGGUUAAAGAUGCGUCUCAAGGGUACGCGCGAAGAGAGCUGCAAACCUCGGAGAGACCACGCAGGCAGCAGACCUUUACGGAGCGCUCCGAAUUACAGUAUGCCCGUCGACUAGUAAUCAAACUCGGCAGCGCUGUUAUAACGAGGGAGGACGAACACGGCCUGGCUCUCGGACGUCUCGCAUCCAUCGUGGAGCAGGUAGCCGAGUGCCAGAUCGACGGACGCGAAUGCAUCAUGGUGACCAGCGGUGCGGUUGCCUUUGGCAAGCAGAAGCUCACUCAGGAGCUUUUAAUGUCUAUGUCGAUGAGAGAGACCCUGAGCCCUACGGAUCACACACGGGAACACGCAGGAACCAUGCUGGAACCCAGAGCGGCCGCUGCGGUAGGCCAAUCAGGUCUCAUGUCCCUCUACGACGCGAUGUUCGCGCAGUACGGAGUCAAGAUCGCCCAGGUGUUGGUGACCAAGCCCGACUUUUACAACGAGGAGACCCGUAAGAACCUCUUCAGCACGUUGAGCGAGCUAAUCAGCCUGAACAUCGUUCCAAUCAUCAAUACGAACGACGCAGUAUCACCGCCGCCAGAUAUUGACGACGAAGUCGCCGGCGGUAGCGGCAGACGAGGUAUAUCCAUCAAGGACAACGAUUCCCUGGCGGCGAUGUUGGCGGCCGAGAUCCAGGCAGACCUGCUGGUUCUCAUGACCGACGUUGAUGGGAUCUACAACCUGCCGCCUUGGCAGGAUGGCGCAAAGAUGUUGCACACCUUCAGCUCCGAUCAUAGAAGUACCAUCAAGUUCGGGGAGAAGUCAAAGGUGGGCACCGGCGGUAUGAGCUCCAAGGUCAACGCUGCUCUCUGGGCGAUGGAUCGCGGCGUCGCGGUGGUCAUCUGUAAAGGCACCCAGGAAAAAGCCAUUAAGAGUAUCAUAACCGGCAGAAAAAUUGGAACAUUUUUCACGCAGGCCGCUGUCUCGUCCACUCCCGUCGAGGUGAUCGCUGAAAAUGCUCGCCUCGGCAGUAGAGUGUUGCAGGCGUUACGCCCGGAGGAACGUGCCGAAUGUAUCAGAACUCUGGCGGACUUGUUGGAGUCGAGACAGUCCGACAUCCUCGCAGCGAACGCGAUGGAUCUGGAAGCCGCGAGCAAAAAGAACCUGGCCAAGGCCCUGCUCUCGCGCCUGUCCCUGACGUCGGCGAAGCUCAAGUCCUUGAGUUCCGGUCUGCAUAAGAUCGCGGAAGAUUCGUUGAACAACGUGGGUCGAGUGCUACGUAGAACGAAACUGGCCGAGGGCCUGGAAUUGCAGCAGAUAACAGUGCCCAUCGGCGUGCUGCUGGUGAUCUUCGAGUCCAGACCGGACAGUCUGCCCCAAGUGGCCGCUUUAGCUAUGUCCAGCGCCAACGGGCUCCUUCUGAAAGGUGGCAAGGAGGCCGCUCAUAGCAACAAGUACCUGAUGAAGCUCGUGAAGGAAGCGCUCGGAAAAUUCGACGCCUCCAAUGCUAUUUCGCUCGUGUCUACGAGGGAGGACGUGAGCGAUCUUCUCUCGAUGGAGAAGCACAUUGAUCUCAUCAUACCUCGCGGUAGCUCGGAUCUCGUCCGCACAAUCCAGGAGCAAUCCAAGCACAUACCCGUGCUGGGACACGCCGAGGGUAUCUGUCAUGUUUAUGUUGACAAGGAUGCGGAUCUGGCAAAAGCUUUGAAGAUCAUCAGGGAUUCCAAGUGCGAUUAUCCGGCUGCGUGCAAUGCGAUGGAGACCUUGCUGAUACACGAGAGUCUCAUGAACAGCAACUUCUUUAAUGACGUAUGCAACUUGCUGCACAAAGAAGAAGUGAAAAUCAAUUCUGGCCCAAAGAUAAGAGAGCUAUUGACUUUCGGUCCACCUGCCGCCAAAAGCAUGCGAACCGAGUACGGCUCACUCGAAUGUACCAUAGAGGUAGUCUCCGACAUCGACGACGCUAUCAACCACAUUCAUAAAUAUGGCAGCAAUCAUACCGAUGUCAUUGUUACCGAGAACACUAACGCGGCCACACACUUCCAGAGGGAGGUGGACAGUGCGUGUGUUUUCCACAAUGCCAGCACUAGGUUUGCCGAUGGCUACAGAUUCGGUCUUGGAGCAGAGGUCGGUAUUUCGACAACACGUAUCCAUGCACGCGGUCCAGUUGGAGUGGACGGAUUAUUAACGACGAAAUGGAUUUUGAAAGGGGACGGACACGCGGUGACGGAUUUUGCUGAAGGAGGCAGUGGAAUCUAUCUUCAUCAACCUUUACCUCUUACCGAAUCGUGACUCGAUCGCUUUGUUAUCUCGAGAUUGUUAUAUAAUACGAAAAAUAACUUUUAUAAGAUUCUUUGUCCCUCACUGUAGCCAUGUCGAAUUAUGAAGUGAGACAUCAUAUGAAUUUUCUAUUGCGAAAAACGUCAAAAUAAAUUAGUUUUUUUUCUAGUUUAUGUCGCUUAGAUAGAUAUAUUGCUAAAGAUUAGCAAAUAUCUAUAAAAUUUAUAAACUGUCUAUUAUUUCGCUAAAGACACACGCAGAUUAAGUUAUCAAGUGUACAUUUGUUAAUACAAAAUAACAAAAAAUCUUGGGCAUAUCUUACCAAUAUUGUCGAAUGCUGUAAUGGUAAUAUAAAAAAACUAAUUUAUUUUUGAAAAUGUAUUUAUAUGUAAAAAAUGUUUAUAUAAUAAAUAAUUUCUCGCUUCUGUCAUAAUUUAAUCUAGUUAUAGCAAGAAACCGCAAGAGUCUUAUGGAAAAAGUACGGUGCAUAUCAAAUCUUGGAAAAUAUAAAUCAAAAUACCG